CCCUGCCGGCUCUUAACUGACAGGCGACCUGGCAAGUCCAGUAGCAGCCUUUGAAAGCAAAACACUGCAGCACCCAGGCAGUUGGGUCCGGGAAGGAAUUGAGGAGCUGUGACUCUGGCUUGCACGGAAGAAACCAAGUCGUUUCUCAGAAAUCUCUGAUAGGUGGACCUUAGAGAAAGCGCUACCGAGCAGCACAAAAAUCAGAAAACACUCUUCUGUCUGUCUGCUUGGGAGAGGCAUAAAAAUUGGCCCUUCUCCGAGUGAAGCUAAGGCAGAGGGCUGCAAAUCAGCAAAAAGAGCCUUCAAGUUCUCUUUCAGCGUGAAGAAGAGAUGGCUGCUGGAAGGCGGUGAACACCACAAGGAAAGAUGACUUCCUGCUUCAGCCCCGCCUAGCAGCUGUUCCAGCUACCAAGGUAGAGCUGGCGGGAUGUACAAUUAGUCCGCCAUGGAUGGUGCCCAGAGUGCGGACCUGCAGCUGCAGCAGCUACUGCCCACGAGCAACACCAUCUCCGUGAGCGAGGUUUCCUUCUCAUACAAGGAAAACCUGAUCGGUGCCCUCUUGGCGAUUUUCGGUCACCUUGUGGUCAGCAUUGCACUCAACCUCCAGAAGUACUGCCACAUCCGCCUGGCGGGCUCCAAGGACCCCCGGGCCUAUUUCAAGACCAAGACAUGGUGGCUGGGCCUGUUCCUGAUGCUCCUGGGUGAGCUCGGCGUGUUUGCCUCGUACGCCUUCGCUCCACUUUCACUCAUCGUGCCUCUCAGCGCCGUCUCCGUGAUCGCUAGUGCCAUCAUAGGAAUCAUAUUCAUCAAAGAAAAAUGGAAACCUAAAGACUUUCUGAGGCGUUACGUCUUGUCUUUUGUUGGCUGUGGUUUGGCUGUCGUGGGCACCUACUUGCUGGUGACAUUUGCACCCAACAGUCAUGAGAAGAUGACAGGAGAGAACAUCACCAAGCACCUUGUGAGCUGGCCUUUCCUCUUGUACAUGCUUGUGGAAAUCAUUCUGUUCUGCUUGCUGCUCUACUUCUACAAGGAGAAGAACACCAACAACAUUGUCGUUAUCCUCCUCCUGGUGGCGUUACUCGGUUCAAUGACAGUGGUGACGGUGAAGGCUGUGGCCGGGAUGCUCGUCUUGUCCAUACAAGGAAAUCUGCAGCUUGACUACCCCAUCUUCUACGUAAUGUUCGUGUGCAUGGUGGCAACUGCUGUCUACCAAGCCGCGUUUUUAAGUCAAGCCUCACAGAUGUACGACUCCUCCUUGAUUGCCAGUGUGGGCUACAUUCUGUCCACAACCGUUGCUAUCACAGCAGGCGCGAUAUUUUACCUGGACUUCGUUGGGGAGGAUGCACUGCACAUCUCCAUGUUUGCACUGGGGUGUCUCAUAGCAUUCCUAGGCGUCUUCCUAAUCACACGUAACAGGAAGAAGGCCAUUCCAUUCGAGCCCUAUAUUUCCAUGGAUGCCAUGCCAGGUAUGCAAAACAUGCAUGACAAGGGGAUGACAGUCCAGCCAGACCUCAAAGCUUCUUUUUCCUAUGGAGCCCUGGAAAACAACGACAACAUUUCUGAGAUCUACGCUCCUGCCACCCUGCCCAUCAUGCAAGAAGAGCACGGUUCCGGAAGCGCCUCGGGGGUUCCCUACCGAGUCCUAGAACACAACAAGAAGGAAUGAGCCCAUCUCGAAUGAGAUUCACCUUCCCCCAAAUUAUAACUGUUCAAGUUGUGCUGACAGUGAUUCAACCCUUCAUUCUACAACUUAACCUUUCAAGGCUUAUUUUUUAAACUGAGAACUCUAUAGACAGGGAUCUUGGAAGGUCUUUGUCUCUGGCAAAGGAUACGUUAUGUUGGUCUUAGAAAUUUCAAAUGAUGAGUUUGAGGGGUGGGGGGAUGAAAUCAGUAUUCCAGGUGGACAUUACAGAACUCAGCCUCUGCCUGGUUUGGGCCAGUGGGGUUGGGUGGUCACUGGGCUUCCCCAAUCAAUGACCAAAGGCUGCCGCACUCUUCAGAGCUAAAGCAAGGCAAAGAUUCUGCUCCUACUUUUCAAUUCCAGUGAAGAGCUGGAGACCUCUACAUCCAGUCUUCCUCCUUCUCAAGUGCAUGCCUGAUCUCUACCUGUCACCCUCAUCAUUCCAUACUUGUGAUAACAUUCACGUAGCUUUCUCAUGGCAUAGCAGGCCAAUAUUGAGGUGUGGAAUGUCCUGUCUUCCCCAUGUAGGAACUGCACAUGAGGUGAAAUUCUGACUUCUGAUUGUGCCCUUCCAAUGAAGAUGUGCUUGGUGUGUUAAUAUCGAAUCCAGUGCCCUUCGGGAAGACUGAGGCUAUUCAUUCCAGAGACAGCCUCACUCACCUCCACGUUCUCGUUAGAUUGACCAACCAGGCUUGAUGAUUUGUUAAUCUCCUUGAAGUCAAUAGGAGUUCUUUGGGUCCUCACCCUAUGCAGAUAUGUCUGGGAAAAGCAACCUUCUCGAAAAUGGGGCUGCCAAAUUCUCUCUGGCUGAACACUUGACCAUCUUCCACUAGACUGAUGGCAUUCUUUGGAGAUGCAGGUAAAGGCUCACAAAUUUUAAUAAGCAUAGGAUCCCCUGAGGAGUUAAUUUAAAAUGCAGCUUCCUGUACCCCAAAAGCAGAUACUCUGAUUAAGUGGGACAGAGGUGGGACCCAAGAGUCGGCAUGCUUAACUGCCAGCACAGGUGAUUCUGAUGCAGGUAGUCCUGGGAUCACACACUGCAACCACAAAGUCCUAAUGAUGAAAGAUGAUCAGCUCAAUCCCCCGGGGACCAACUGGGGGAGAGUUGGCAUUACUGUUCCUUGUUGCCUCUCAGGGGUUCUUUUGCCUGGUCACAUAAUCCUCACAGGAUCUGUUGCUUUGUCCGCUGCAGUGUACACUACCCAGAACUACACUUCAGGCUUCCCUAGGCAGCCUUUACCUAAUAGGCAGGAUAACAGUGUUAAUAGGCCAGUGUUGAUGGAUCAUUAACCUUUAUGGAUUGAACUUAAUACUGAUUUAGUACCUUGGCUUCCAAAACUCCAUCUGUUGCCUGUGUACAGCAUUUUAACCAUUUCUGUAUUGUGUCUUAAAUGCCUAAAAAGGUAACAGACAGUGAGCUUUUCUUUUUCCCUUAGGACAGGUAUCCACUCAGUACAACAAUAUUUACAAGGCAUUUACUAUGUGCUGAGCAUCGGAGGGGGAGGGCUGCAAAGAAGAAAAAGACACAGUUCUUGCCCUCCAGGCCAGACACAAAUUUUGAGGAAACGCUGGUGCUGGCCAGGCAGGCUGUGAUGGCAGCCGAGUGCAAUAGCAGACCGCAGACAAUGAGUUACGGAGGCCGCCUACAGGUCAGGCGCUGAGCCAGGAGCAGAGUGUUCAGAACUGGAGAUGUUUCGGCCUGGCUCCUGGAUGAUGGGGAACCUAGCUAGGACUUGAGCAAAACCUAGAAGGAAGGAAGAGCACCCCCAGACAGAGGGGCCAGCAUUUGCAAAGGCACAGAGAUGGGGCUGGGGGCUGGGAGGGAGAGAGCUGGAGAAGGUGGUAGGAGAGGGGCCUGAAGAGAGACACAGGGACCGAAUCAUGGACGGCCUUGAUGGCCUGGCCAAGUAGUUUAAAGUGUUUCCAAAGGGCACGGGAGCCAUUGCUGGCUCCCCAGGAAGAGAAUGGCAGGAUCAAUAUUGAAUGGAAAGGAGACCUUGUGCAGGUGUGGAGGAAGAUUUGGAAGGGGUUAGAAAAGUCACCUAUCAAGGUCAAGCCCCGAGCCUGCAAGAACAAAACCCAAAGGGGAAAUUAAAACCAGGUUUUUGCUGCUAUUCAGAUUUUCCUCAUUUCUCCAGUGAUUUUUUCCUUGCUGGUAAAAAAUGGGUGGAUGAAGGGAAGGUGAACAGGGAGGCCAUUUAAGUGUGUCCAACCCAGGUGAUCAAUAACAGUUUUAGCCUAAUAUGUGCUCCUAACCUCACUCUGUCCCCAAUCCCUUUCCUUUUUUGUUAUGAGUCUUGUAACCUGGAGUUUGGGCCAGGAUUCUUCAAAUGACUGUGUUGUCAACUUCAGUUCUGCUGCAGCUCACUGGAGCAAUGCCACCAGGAACCUGCUGGGGCCUGGGCAGCUCCCCUACCUUCAGGUUUGGGACAGUGGCACCAUCCUACAUAGCUGAGCUCUGAGAGGGCUGAGCAGAAAGUUGCAUGAUGGUUUCCUGAAUGGAAGCCAAGGAUAGGUCACUUGGGUACUUGGAAAGAACAGCUGGUAUAGAACCAUCAUCUCUAGAGUUUGGAAUCAUCUUGGGCUAGUGUCUCCCAGUCUUUGUCGCAGGUAACAUUAAAAAUCACACCUGUCUCUCCUUCCUAGCAGCGAAGUACCUAAAGCAAGGUCAUCAUAUUUGGGAUUAAAAACUUUUUGGUUCUCUCAUCUUCCUCUCCCCACCCCACUCUUCCUCCCUCUUCCAAUGGCUGGGAUUCUGGGUCUCCAAAUUAGAGAUUAGAACAAGUUCUUUGCAGACUGGUGUUGGUGGAGCUGAAGACCCCCACAGUCUCCCCUGAAGCUGAGGUCUGAUGAUGACAUUGCAUUAAGCUUCAGGCCAUGGUGGGGGAGGCAGGUUUGCAGUGUGGACAUCACCAUUGCUUUACUGGUGGAGACCAGCCAGCUUGAUGGCUCUGCAUGGAUAUGAAUUGUCCAUCAGGGUAUUGGGAAACCUCCUCCCUACAGCCUUGUGAAUUCCAAAUCUGGUCCAACGCUGACUGAUAGGCAAAAAAAUGUACUUGUGUUUCUCUGAGAAGCUGUGUAAAUGAGGUACCCUUAGAAUGUAUUCUGUGUGGAUGCCUAUGUUUUGUUAACUUUGUGACUGAUAUGGCAUGUCUUAUUUUUCAAUGCACACAUGUGUGCUGGGUGCAAAUAACAUUAUGAAGUGGUAUUUAAUUUAAGAAAAAAAAAUAUAUAUAUAUACACGUGA